GUAUAAAACGAGCCCGGAGCAGACCACAUGCACUCAGCACACUGGAGCGGACACAAUGAACGCGGCUGUGUGCGCUCUGCUCUCCUUAGCGAUCCAGUGCAUUGAAGCGGAGGGACCCGGCGCUGCGCUCUUCUCUUACAUGGCAAUGCCGUACCCUAAAGUAACCUCUCCGGGGAGCUUGUCAGAGGAGUCACAGAACCGCUCGAAGAUGCACGUCAAAGACACCUUUCCUAUAAACGGUGCGCUCGGGUCGGCGAGCAAGAUGGGCGACCCAAAAUACACGUUGCAACAGAACCCGCUGCCCGGGCACGGCUGGUACAAACACGGGGACAUAACGCAGGCGUCACAGCCUGACAAAAUAAAGGCAACUAAGAGCCACAAGUUUCCAGCAGAGCACAACAACGAGAAAAACAGACACGAAGGGAGGACCCGAGCACCAGAUGUCGCGACCGCUUCUGCUCAGCACAAAGCCGCCGGGAGCUCGCCUCCCCAAGCGGAACAGGACCCGCGGUUUCAGCCGUACAACACGCGGUUACGGGACAACAGAAGGAUGGACCCCGAGGAGAACAGACCCGGCAGGUCCAGCGUUUACCAGCCCGGCAACGGAUCAAGGAACAGCACCGAGCACGCACUGGCUUCCAACCGGCGCUCAAGCCUGCUGCACCACUUCAACAUUUUGAAAGAAGAGUCCGAAUACACCAGAGAAACAUUGUGCUUGAAUGAAUGCAGGAAGGAGCAGGACGAGAGGGAAUAUUUCUGCUCCAGUGAAUUCGCGGUCAAUGGCAUCGUGCACGACAUCGAGGUCUUGAAGAAGGGCGUUGGGCUCGUCACGUUGCUCAUCAGCAGCGAUGGUUUUUAUAAAAUGAGUCGGCUCCACGUGGCACCGGACGGCUUCUUUUUCAAGGUUCACGUUUUCGUGCUGGACACCUAUAAGUGUGCCAAGCCCUGCCCGGAUUUUAAACUGGGUGAGUUUGGAAGCUUCCCAGUAACCAGAGGCAGCACGGAGCAACACUGUGGCUACAAUGCAGAUCCUUCCCUUUAUAGGGAAUCACGGAUUACCCUCACUUCUUAUAAUACAUUUCAAUACAUUUAUAUUCUUAAAUCACAUCUCCAACCACCAAAGCACACUUGUCGUUUAACACUUACACAAUCUAUAGCAGCAUGCAGUGCGUCUGAGAUCAGUUAUUUUAGCAGCUGGUAUAAUUUUAUUAAGUACACUAACUUAAUUAUUUUAUUUUUAUAUAUAACUGCAUAUCUGUCCUGCCUCUUUCUUGACUUCUAACGAGAGGGACACACCUGUGGUCUAAAGUUGUAACUCAAGCUUCUUCGAGUGGGAUUGUAAUAGUUGUUGUAAUAGCUGCAAGCAUCUUUUCCACUCUACUUUCCAAUUUUACCUGAAGUUAAAGUAGUCCCAGAUUUAUCAAAGUCUGUGAAAUCUUCUGUACAGAAAAAUUAAAUACAAGUUCAGAAGAUUGUCGGAGGUGUAGACCUAGGGUUGCCACAAAGCAGGACCUCCGAGUGGAAGUUUAAAGUCUCUUUAGAAAUCCUAUAUCCAUAACAUUACUAUUAUAGUACUGCCAACCAAUGAAUAUUCUGUGUCUGUUGCAGUAAUAUUAGAUCCUCAUUUAUCAACUGCAUUGAGUGUCUUGGGAAGGCGUAUUGAAUUCCCAGGACAAUCCAGUUUAAAAGGGACAGGUGGCAUCCCUCUGCAGAUCCCUGUAACUGCCGUGCCCCUUCAUGU